AUGUUUCUCUGUUGCUUCCCAACUUUCCAAGGCUCUGGGCAGAAGAAAGCCCAGAGUGAGAGAUGUUUCUGUUGCUGUAGGUGUCUACUUUGGCGCAAUCGCCACCAUGGAUGCCUCUUGCCCUCUGACAAGAGGCAGCCUCAGAGCUCCGAGGAGGAUGUCAUUGAGGAGCUGGCUGAUGGGUUUACUUACACUAUCAACUGGAAUAAGGGACUAGAGCACCAGGCCAGGAACAGCUUCCAGUGCAGGUCUGAGAGCUCCAAUGAGGACAUCUUUGAGGAGCUGGUUCACGGACCCCACUACACCAUCUGCCAGGUCAGGGUGCAGGUGCAUCAGGCUGAGGUAUCCUGUGGAGCAGUCAGCUCUACUUCCUUGCAGACCAUCUCCACCAAUGGAGGUUGUCUACCACGGAUGCAGCCUUUCCAUGCAGCUGGACAUUGCCGUAACUCCAUUCAGUGUGCAGCUGAGUUAACACUUAACCUACACGAGGCCCGCAGGAUGCGAGCCCUUCAGGCAGGCACACUGUGGAGAGUGGCAGCAUCGUUGGUACCAGCUUUCCUGGCUGGAAACAUCUCCCACAUCACCACCUUUAUGCCCAGUCACCCAGCCUUCUCUAGAGCUCAACAGUUCCUGGACCAGCUGUUUACGAGGUCCUGUCCCUUAUCCAUCAGAGCUGAUGUUUUCCACUUCAGGAGGCUACCUCCUUAUAAUGACCAGAGAGACACAUCACAGGACCAAAUCAAAAAUGUAGAUGCCAGGUGCAUGGAAGGCAACCUACCUCUAACCGGGGCCAUUGCUUCUAUGAUGGGAACCUGGCCCGACCAGGUGUGGGGUUUUGGCCAGGCUCUCCACUUCCCCUGGUUCCAGCUGAAGCAGGCCUCAGUGCAGGUCCACUUCCUAGCCUCUCAUUGUGUGGCCUGCACCCACCUUGUUUGGAUUGAGCUGGAGAAUCUACAAGGCCAUGUCAGAAGGUGA